AUGUCAAAAAAACUGUCAACUACGCUGACAUUGGCGGUGACGGCUUUGAAAAAUUUAGAAGAACGAAAAGGAGCCAGUCCGCAUGAUAUUUGCAAUUAUAUAUCCUCCGUUUAUAAUGUCCCUAAAGAUGUUACCAAGCGUAAAGCUUUGGUGGCAUUGAAACGCGGUACUUCAUAUGGAUUAUUAAAAGAAACUUGUGGUCGUUACAAUAUUUUGACAGACACCGAAAAAGAAUGUCUCGAAUUAACAAAUCAGGAGCUCGGUCUUUUGAAUUUAAAUUGCAGAAAACGUCGAUUGGAACGGAAACGUCGACUACGAGGUUCUUCUAAACAAACAGUUAAAGGAAAAAUCUCUCGUCCAAAAAAAAGUCUGACGUCCAGUAAUUCAUGUAAAUCGAGUCGUGGAAAAAGGAACAAGAAUAAGAAGAAAAAAAAGAAAAAAGGAAAAAGUAUCUCUAAAAGUGGAAAUAAACGCACCAGUAGAAGUAGACGAAAAAAUUCAACGAUUAAAAGAGGUAAGAGUUGUGUUUGUCCGCCCGGUGGAAAUCGCAGAGCUAGAAAAUCUAAAUCCAGAAGUACCUCACGUUCUCGAAAAAAGAGAUCCAAAAGCAAUUCAAGGCGAUCAAGAUCCAGAAAACCCAAAGGAAAGAGAAUUACCAAAAGCGCUAAUAAAUUAACUUGUAAAAGUAGAAGUAAAAGCAAAAGCAAAACCCGAAGUAGAAGUAAAAGUAAAAGUAAAACCAGAAAAAGAAGUAGAAGCAAAAGUACAAGUAAAAGACGUAGUAAAAAAAUUAAAGUGUCUAAAAAAACUGGUAAGAAAAAACGCUCUACAUCCUGCGAAUGUCCGACAAAUCCAGCACGUAAAAUAGUUCCAAAAUCCACUGGAAAUGAUUCUCAAAAGACUGAUAAAUCAAAGAAAAUUAAAAAGGAGAAUAAAAAAAAGAGAGUUAAAAAAGACAAAGAAAAUAAAGAACCCAAAAAAGAUAAUUGUUUGUAUCAUUUUUUAGGAGUUUCUUCGGGUAAUUUAAUGGACACUCGAUUAAAUUAUUAA